CUGUUGUGAGGUUCUGACAGGUGGCUGAGCCGCCAAGCGCGCACGGCCUCCUGGGAUAUAGGUUGCAAGUUUUGCUCUCUGAGCUGUGUAUAUCCUGUUCUUUUGCGAUUGUCAAGCGAAUUACCUCCACAAACGUGUUUUAUUGUCUUUCUAGCUACUGCAUAGAUAAAGAUAGAGCUGAGGAUAAGUGAGAAAGUGUCGGUAUCCCGCAAGAUGGUGGAAGAAUGCGCGGAAAAUAGAUUCCAUCGGCCGUUUUCACGCUAGAGGAAGUGUUCGCCGGUCACCCCUCGCGGCCAUGUAAUCGUACGUCAAAUCGCUCAUCCGCUUGAUCUGGUUUUCUCUGGGCUUCGGCGUUUCGUUCUAUCGCCAAAAUGAUGUGCGAUAUUAUGCCUACGAUCUCUGAGGACCCGCCAGAGAUCCAUUAUGGCCAAAAUGAGGAAACGAACUUCGAACAACUGAUGGUGAACAUGUUGGAUGAACGGGACAAGCUGAUGGAAACUCUUCGUGAGACUCAAGAUUCGCUAGCCCUUACAAGAGCAAAGUUAACAGAAUGUCAAAAGGAGAAGGACGGUCUCAUGAAUCACUUGGAGUCUGUGCUUAAUGAUGGUGAUGACCAACUAAUUGAAAGACUAGCUGGAUUGGAUGGUAUUAUUACAGAGUCUGGCAAUAAUUUAAAAGAAGAAUCUGGCAAGAACCGUGUUCGGGUUUUAGCAGAGGACUUUGCAACGAUGCUUAAAGAACUAAACCAAGCAAGGGAACAGCUCCUAGAAAAAGAUGAGGAAAUCAGUGAACUGAAGUCAGAGAGGUGUAAUACAAGACUUCUUCUAGAACAUUUAGAAUGUUUAGUAGCACGACACGAAAGAUCCUUGAGAAUGACAGUUGUCAAACGACAAGCUGCCACCACUGGAGGUGUGUCAUCUGAAGUGGAAGUUCUCAAGGCUCUCAAAUCCCUGUUUGAGCAUCACAAAGCUCUGGAUGAAAAGGUGCGUGAAAGACUUCGGCAGGCUGUAGACAAAAAUAAUGCCCUUGAAGCAGAACUUGAAGAAACACGGGAAAAGCUCAAAGAGCUUGAACAAGAAAAUGAGGAUAUUAGACUUCGAAAUCUUAGAAGAGUAAGAACUGAGGAAAAGCUUCAUGCAUCAAGUGAGAACUGCCAGGAAAAUGGUGAUGAAAAUUCUAAUGCUGAAAAGCAUCUUUCGAACGGACCAGUUAAUGUUGAUGUGAGUGCACAUGAAGAACAAAUGGAAGAGAUGCAGUUUCUUUUGGAUAAACGAACCAAGGAGGUGGAACGGCUUACAAGAGAAAAUAAGGAUUUGAAAGAGAGAUGUACUGCACUAGAAGAAGAGUUGAGAAUAUGUAACAAACAGCUAGACAGAGGAAAUACCUCCAUUCAGAGACUGGAAAGAGAUUUAGAUGAGGCAGCAGCCCAGAAAUCCGACAUGGAAGAUAGAAUAGCAACUCUUGAGAAGCGUUACGUUCGACUUCAGCAUGAAGUCACAGCUCUGAAUGAUGAUAAUGAGAGACUGGCAACUGAGCUUGCUAGUAAAGAAAGUGAACUUAUACAGGUGAUUAAAAAUUACAACCAGUGGUUAACUUUGAAUUGAUUAAACUGUAUUAUGUGCAAAACGUGAGGCACAGUUUGUUGCUAUGUACUUUUUGAUUUGAGUAAAUAUAUGUUUAUUCAUUUGAACCAUCUCUCUAUAACGACCACUUACCUAGCUGGAACAACCAGGCACUUAACUCUAUUGAAUCAUUUUUACAACAGCAGUCUCUUAAUAACAGCCAGUUAACUUUGCUCUAGGGUGGCUGUUGUAGAGAAGUUCAAUGCACUUAUAAUUCCUAACUUACACUGUACAGACUGCAAAUUAUUUCACUAGCAGCAGUCAUGUUUUGGAACUGGUUCAAUUCAAGUAACAAGAAAUUAGUUGAAAGGAGCUAUUUAAGAAAGCAAAAACAUGUGCCGUGUUUCUGUCAAGUGUUAGGAUAAAUCUACUAGCAUUCU